UUUCCCCCUCCCUCCGAGCUCUUGUUCUUUCCUCUCCUCCUCCAGAAGGUUCCUCGCCGGCUUUUGCCUCGCCUCUCCGGGAAGAUGCUGGGCCAGCGCCCCGUCCUCGUGCUCAGUCAAAACACAAAGCGUGAGUCUGGAAGAAAAGUCCAGACUGGAAAUAUUAAUGCUGCUAAGACUAUUGCUGAUAUUAUCAGAACCUGCUUAGGACCAAGGGCCAUGAUGAAGAUGCUGUUGGACCCAAUGGGUGGAAUCGUCAUGACAAAUGAUGGCAAUGCUAUUCUUAGAGAAAUUCAAGUACAGCAUCCAGCUGCCAAAUCCAUGAUAGAAAUCAGCCGUACUCAGGAUGAAGAAGUGGGUGACGGGACCACAUCUGUGAUUAUUCUUGCUGGAGAGAUGUUAUCAGUGGCAGAACAUUUCCUAGAGCAGCAGAUGCACCCAACAGUAAUCAUUAGUGCAUAUCGAAAGGCCCUGGAUGACAUGAUCAGCGCUCUGAAAAGAAUCAGCACUGCAGUUGAUGUCAGCAACCGUGAGACCAUGCUUAAAAUCAUCAACAGUGCCAUCAGUACCAAGGCUAUAAAUCGUUGGUCAGAUCUGGCCUGCAGUAUUGCCCUUGAUGCAGUCAAAACAGUGGAGUUUGAAGAGAACGGCAGGAAGGAAAUUGACAUCAAGAAAUAUGCUAAAGUAGAAAAGAUUCCUGGUGGUUUUAUUGAGGAUUCGUGUGUCCUGCCUGGGGUCAUGAUCAAUAAAGAUAUCACUCAUCCCCGCAUGCGCCGCACCAUCAAGAACCCGCGUAUUGUUUUGCUGGACUGUUCGCUGGAGUACAAGAAGGGGGAGAGUCAGACUGAUAUUGAAAUAACCCGUGAGGAGGACUUUGCUCGCAUUCUACAGAUGGAAGAGGAAUUUAUUCAGCAGAUGUGCGAGCAGUUGAUCAAAGUCAAACCUGACCUCAUCAUCACAGAGAAAGGAAUCUCGGACCUGGCUCAGCAUUUCCUGAUGAGAGCUAACAUCACAGCAAUCCGCCGGGUGAGGAAAACUGACAACAACCGGAUUGCAAGGGCCUGUGGAGCUCGUAUCAUCAGCCGCACGGAUGAGCUGCGUGAAGAGGAUGUGGGGACUGGCGCAAGGCUUUUUGAAGUGAAGAAAAUUGGAGAUGAGUACUUUGCUUUUAUCACUGACUGCAAGGAGCCCAAGGCCUGCACCAUUUUGCUCCGGGGCGCCAGCAAAGAGAUUCUAGCGGAGGUGGAACGCAAUCUCCAGGAUGCGAUGCAGGUCUGUCGCAACGUCCUCAUUGACCCACAGCUGGUGCCAGGGGGUGGCGCUUCCGAGAUGGCCGUGGCCCACGCCUUGACCGAAAAAUCCAAAGUCAUGACCGGGGUGGAACAGUGGCCCUACCGUGCUGUUGCCCAAGCUCUCGAAGUUAUUCCCAGGACCCUCAUUCAGAACUGUGGUGCUAGCACUAUCCGUGCCCUCACUUCCCUGCGGGCAAAACACACUCAAGAAGGCAGUCAGACCUGGGGCGUAAAUGGAGAGACCGGAGCCUUAGCCGACAUGAAGGACCUGGGUAUCUGGGAGCCCUUGUCGGUCAAGUUGCAGACCUACAAGACAGCUGUCGAGACGGCUGUCCUCCUCCUGCGUAUUGAUGACAUUGUUUCAGGCCACAAGAAGAAAGGUGACGAUCAGAGUAAGCAGCCGGGAGCACCAGAUGCAGCCCAAGAAUAACUCCUUGGAAAACCUGGGAUAGUUGGACGCAGAAGGAGCCCAAAUGACAUUUCAAGAGAUGUGGUUCGUCACCCCUGGAUUCAAGAGUGUUGAAACCCAAAUACCAAUUUGUGUACAGUUGGUCAGGGAGAGGAGGAAGGAGGAGCAGCACUGCAUUAGCACAUUUCUGUUGAGGAGACACACUUUAUUUAAAUGUACUCUAGCUGCUUUGUGGCUUUCUUAAUAAAAAUACCCCUUCACAUUCAUAGAUA